AUGGCGGAAGCUCUCGGGCUUACUUCCAGCAUAAUUGCAGUAGUCGAUCUAUUUAUUAAAGUCGGCGUACAGUGUUCGAUCUAUUGUUCAGGCGUCAAGAAUGCCCCGCACGAAAUUCGACAGAUCUUGAAUGAGGCUGAUAGAUUCACGGCAACAAUCAAGAACCUGGAGCGACUCCUGGCCGGCCCGAAUGGCGCGAAGCUUGAUUCUUCCCAGAACAUACGCCGCAGCAUUGGGGAGUGCCGUCUACAACUAAUAGACCUGACUACCAAACUUGGCCAAGGAACAAGACUACAGAGGAUAGCAUGGCCGCUGAAGAAGGGAGAGAUGGCCGGGAUAAUUGAGAAGCUGCAGAAGCACAGGGACACAAUUAUGUCGAAUUUACAGAUUGAACAAAGCGCAUUACUACUCGAUACUCAUCAAGAGGUCAUGUCGAACAAGCUCAUCUAUGCAGAGGGAGCAGCAUUCGAUUCUCCCAACCAUGUCAACAGCGACAUGUGCCACCCGGGGACAAGAUGUGAUGUUCUUGAUCAAAUAAUGGCCUGGAGCACCGCCCCAAAUGAACAAUGUAUAUUCUGGCUGAAUGGAGGGGCAGGGACCGGCAAGUCGACAAUAUCUCGAACUGUGGCGCAAUCAUUUGCAAGCAAAGGCAUACUCGGUGGAAGCUUCUUUUUCAAACGCGGUGAGGCUGAUCGUGGCAACAUGGCACUUUUCUUCCCCACAAUAGCUUCUCAGCUUCAACAAACAUUCCCUUUAACUGCACCGCAUAUUAAAGCGGCGACUGAGACAAACCCAAACAUCCAUAACAAACCUAUAAAGGAACAGUUCGACAAACUUUUUGCAGGCCCUGUUAAGAAAAUCUCAGAGCAUUCAGAGCUGCUAACUACUAGCAUAGUGCUGGUUGCUGAUGCACUUGAUGAGUGCGAUAAUGCUGAACAUGUAAGGCUGGUUAUUCAACUCCUUUCGCAGGCGAAGCAUUUUACAUCUAUGCGCCUAAGAAUUUUCCUUACAUCCAGGCCAGAUCUACCUAUGAGACUAGGGUUUAAGGAUAUUUAUGGUGAAUAUAAAGACCUGAUUCUUCAUCAAAUACCUCAAGCUGUUAUUAGGCACGAUAUUGCCUUAUUCCUUGAGUACCAGUUUAAUAUAAUUCGGCAAGACUAUAAUAAGUCGGUACCUUUGGACAGGCAAAUUUCUUUAUCCUGGCCUAGCACUCAGGACUUUCAACACCUAGUUUCCAGGUCGGUGCCCUUAUUUAUCUUUGCUGCAACCGCUUGUCGUUUUAUCCAAGACCGAAGGAUUGGAGGUCCUAAGAAACAGCUUGCGAAAUUACUGGAACAUAAGACGGGUUAUGUGUCUAACUUAGACGCAACCUACUCACCAAUAGUAGAUGGAUUGAUAGGAGGACUAUCCGAUUCAGGAAGGCAUGAGGUUUCUAAGCAAUUUAAGGAAAUUGUGGGUUCAAUUAUCCUUCUGGCAAGUCCUCUUUGCACAUCAUCCCUAGCCCUUCUAUUAAAUAUCUCUCUGGAAGACAUCGAAAAUCAGCUUGAUUUGCUGCACUCUGUGCUUUACAUUCCCUCAGACCAAAGGAUUCCCGUACGGUUACUUCAUCUAUCUUUUUAUGACUUCCUCGUGGAUCCGGAGAAGGCUAAACAGCCUGAGCGAUAUCCAUUCUGGAUUGAUAAGCUAAAAGCCCAUGAGGAAUUAGCAGCCCGGUGUUUAGAGCUGCUUUCUACAGAUGGUACUCUCAGGAGAAAUAUUUGCGAUCUACAACUACCAAGCACGCCACGGUCUAAGAUUAGCCAGCAGACUAUUGAUACCGCUUUACCACCCGAAGUCCAGUACGCCUGUAGGUAUUGGGUUUAUCAUUGGAAAGAGAGCAUGUGUAAGAUCAAGGACGGCGGCCCCAUCGAUUGCUUUCUAGUCAACCACCUGUUGCAUUGGAUCGAGGCACUAUGUUUGCUUGGGCGAAUCGCAGAUUGCAUCGGAAUGAUAUAUGAAUUGCUAGGGCUUCUUGAAAUACCUUCAGAAUGGAACGCCUGUCUACUGACACUUGAAGGACACCGGUCAUCUGUCAAUUCUGUUGCUUUUUCACAUGAUUCGAAGUUGCUUGCUUCGGCUUCAGAUGAUCAUACCAUUAAACUCUGGGAUACUGUAAUCGGUACUUGCAUCUCGACGCUUGAAGGGCAUAGAUUUUCUGUUCGCUCGGUUCAAUUCUCUCACGAUUCGAGAGUGCUCGCAUCGGCAUCAGAUGAUCAGACUAUCAAAUUUUGGGAUACUUUAACCGGCACAUGUACUUCAACGCUUUAUGGACAUGGCUCCGAUAUUAAUUCAGUAGCUUUCUCGCACGAUUCAAAGAUGCUUGCAUCAGCUUCAAAUGAUAAGACUAUCAAAAUCUGGGAUGCUAGGGCAGGCACCUGCUCAUUGACAAUUACUGGACAUACGAUAAACGUGAAUUCGGUUUCAUUCUCACACGACUCCAAGAUGCUUGCAUCGGCAUCCGACAAAAUCAUCAAACUCUGGGAUCCUACAACUGGAACCUGCAUUUCGACGCUUGAGGGACACAUAGAUGGAGCCAUCAAAGUAUGGGACGUCCAUACAGGUGCCUGCGCAGCAGUUUUCAAAGGCCAUUCUAGUUACAUCUAUCAACUCGCAUUUUCGCACAAUUCAGACCUACUUGCAUCAUCUGCAAGCGAUGGGUAUGUUAAAAUCUGGAAUAUCGCUGCAGGCGUCUGUUCGGCAACGUUCGAUGAUCGAAGGAGUUAUAUCAGGUCUGUCGCAUUCUCACAUGACUCCACGAUGCUUGCUGUGGCAGUAACUAGGCCAAGGAUCAAUAUAUGGGAUGUCUUUACUGGCGCUUGUAAACUAACAAUUCCUGAGCCUGGUUAUAACCUUGAUGUGGUUGCAUUCUCACAUAAUUCGAGGUUGCUUGCAUUCAUCUUGAAUUUCUGGAAUAUCACAACAGGCUGCUGUGUAGCUACAAUCCGUGUCAGUGAACUCGCUCGGAUGCGCCUCGAGUUCGACGUAACAGGACAUUCUGUCUCUACAAGCGCAGGCAGUUUUACAUUACAAGGUAUGUCGCUGCCCCAAAUUAUGACGGUAAUGUUGGUAACAUGA